AUGCCUGUCGUACGUGGUUUGCUAAACCAAAGACCGGUCAGUGUGCUGCACGAUACAGGCAGUAACACAGUAAUCGUUCGAAGUAGCCUAGUGGAAGAUGCCAAUCUCACGGGUAAAACGGGGGUUGUGAUUCUCGUAAAUGGAGCGCCAUUGCAAUUGCCAGAGGCGAGAGUGAAACUCUGCUCCCCGUAUUUUACUGGAGAUUUACUCGUGAAGUGCAUGGACGCACCGCUCUACGACGUAAUUGUAGGAAACGUUGAGGGAGCCCGAAGAGCCGAUGAACCCGAUCUUAAUUGGAAUGGACAAAAGAUGCAACCAAUCUCAGAAGGAGAGAUGACUGAUACCCAAAAGGACUCGAUCGAUAUGAGCAAUGUAUCAGCCGCACAUAGAUUGAUCCCUUCGGAUAAGACGAAUGCAUCUAGCGAAGUAAAAAGGGAAGAAGUUACCUCUGAGCUACUAAAAGAGAGGCAGAAAUCUGAUGACACGUUGCAGGUUUGUAGAAACAAAAUAGGUCAAGUGUACAACACGAAGGAUGGAUCGAGGUACAACUUUUACAUAUCGAAAGGGGUACUCUGCCGACGAUUCGAACAACAGGGUGGAAAGUCGUUCAAGCAGGUGGUCGUUCCAACCCCACUGAGACGUUAUGUUCUAGAGGUGGCGCAUGAUAGUGUGAUGGCGGGCCACCAGGGGAUCAAACGAACCACUGACAGAGUAUUAGAGGCUUUCUAUUGGCCAGGAGUCCAAGCUGACAUUAAGAGGUAUGUCAGAUCAUGCGAUACGUGCCAGAGGGCCAUUCCGAAGGGGAAACUAAAAAGAGCACCACUUGGGCAAAUGCCAGUGAUUGAUACUCCGUUUGAGAGGGUGGCCAUGGACCUAAUAGGUCCACUCCCAGUUACCUCAGAUAGCGGAAAUCGGUACAUCCUUACGAUGGUGGAUUUUGCAACAAGAUAUCCCGAUGCCGUUGCUUUACCAUCGUGCGAUACGCGCGCCGUCGCGGAGGGAUUACUAGAGAUUUUCUCCCGAGUGGGUUUUCCCCGGCAGAUCUUAACAGAUCAAGGCACAAGCUUCACAUCCGGAUUGAUGCACGAAUUGACAGAACUCCUAUCGAUUCAGAAAUUACAAACCACACCCUAUCACCCGAUCUGUAAUGGAUUGGUUGAAAGGUACAAUGGCACUUUGAGACAGAUGUUGACCAAGAUGAGCCAGGAGAAGCCGCGCUCUUGGGAUCGGUUCCUAGCGCCUUUGCUAUUCGCGUACCGCGAGGUGCCUCAAGCUAGUCUAGGCUUUUCCCCGUUUGAGCUCAUUUACGGCCGCCAUAUUCGAGGACCGCUGACGAUCCUAAAGGAGGUGUGGACUCGAGAUGAACUAGGAACCAGCCUCAAGACGACGUAUGGAUUCGUUCUUGACCUGCGCAGCCGUCUCGAGAAAACUAUGGAACUGGCUCACAAAAGCUUAGCAUCAGCAAAAAGAUACCAAAAGAAGAUGUAUGACAAGAAAAGUGGGAAGAGGGACUUGAAAGUAGGCGACCGCGCCCUGCUUUUAAUACCUUCGAAGAAGAACAAGCUGCAAUUGCAAUGGAAGGGUCCCUACCGAGUGGUGAGAAAAAGGAACGAGGCCGAUUAUGAGGUUGAUCUAGGACACGCCACCAAGAGCUUUCACAUCAACAUGCUCAAGCGGUAUGAAGAACGCGAGGCAGCGGGCGCAGCCGAGCAAGUGUCGUCAGUGAUAGCCAUUGAGGACACAAGUGAUCAACCACUUCCAUGCCUUGACCUGAAAAGUGCAGAGGGAGUAAAGCAAGUGGCACUAGCUGACGAUAUCAGUCGAAAACAGCGGGAAGACAUCACAGACGUUCUGGAGAAACACGCUAAAAUAUUUUCGGAUGUACCGGGACGUACAAAUCUCCUGGAAUGCAAGCUGCAGCUGACCACAGAUAAACCCAUUCGUACGCCUCAGUACCCGAUUCCGUUUUCCAUGGAGCGCGUGAUUGAAAAAGAGGUAGACGAAAUGCUUAAACUAAAGACGUGGAACGCCGUGGAUGUUGACAUUGCGGGCUACGCUACGGUCGCGCGUACGCAGGGGUUUGGUCGACCUGCGGGCGGUGUGGAAAUCUGCGUCAAGCGUUCCGACAAACGUUCCGUCAACGCGCUGGACCUACAACUGCGCCCCACUGCUGACCAACGUAGCAACGGCGAGCAUUGUGCCACUAGCGUCUACGGCGUUAACGUCAUGACCAUGUACCUCGGACCCAACCUCUCACGCACAGCCGUGGAGCAGUACAUCGACGAGGCCAUGGGUGACUACCAAAACCAAUACGCAGACACACAUCCUUUCAUGCACAUUGGUGACUUUAAUGUCAACGUCAUGAAGAGCCAUCGCAUAGUUGUGUACAUGUCAUCACACCACUCGCUGCAACACGUAUCAUACGACGACCGCAAACAACAGCGAACUACCAUUCACGGCACAUGCAUUGAUCACGUCUUCACCAAUUUCAAGAUCCACCCACUGCACCAAGAUCCCCUCAAUGUUCACUUCAGCGACCACAAAGCCAUCCUCAUCAAAGCAAAGUGCACACCUCAAGUAUUAGACGCUGCUCAAUAA